CUCCCUCCUAUUUGCACCUCUUCUUCAUCCAUCUCCUCUAUCUUACCUCCUAUUUUUACCUCUAUAUAUACAUAUAGCUUUUCUCUCGAAUUUUAUUUCGCCUCCCUUUGUUCGAUCUAUUUCUCGUUUUUCUAUAACGAUCGUCGCGUUUCUCCUCUCUUGCGCCAUUCUCUCCUCCCUAGCUCUCUCGUUUUCUGUCACAUGCACAUACGCACGCACACACUCUGCCCCGUGUCUCGUUGCUUCGCUGGUACAAAGACUGACAGGGUAGUCAGUAUCGUACCAGUUAGCAUUCGUUUUGGACGUGUGCGAUCUAACAAACGGCGGCGGCAUAUUCAUUCCACAGUGAGAUCCUGAAGAGACGCGAAAGUGAACUCGGAUUCUGAGAGAGGGAGUGCGAGGAAUUCCUCCGGUACUCUCGGAGUUUGCGAGUUACUUGUGAAGAGUUGAAUACACUUUUUCUAUCGUAGUUUGAUAGAGAGGACUUCUCGAGAUGGGCAUGAUAGCGCGAGUAAGACGCCGCGUCCGCGCAAACUCGCUGACAGUUGAUAAGGAAAAGACAGCGCAAAGUGUCUGCCUUCUAAGCGCGGUUCUUCUUCUGCCCUACUGUCCACGCAGUCCAUUGCCGCUUUUACCAUCGCCUGCGCCAGUAUUAUACUCAGCUCUCGUAUUACCAGUGGUCUUAAGCGCGAAUUACAGGUACCCGGUCCCGACUCUAAAGACUCUCGCCGAAGCGAUCAAAGGUGGAGCCAAGAGAGCAUGGCAUCCCCUGAACCGCUUCUUGAGAAGGUUGUACGCUCCGGUGGAUCGCGCGGAGAAUCUCUUUCUAAAGAUGUGCAACUUCUCCGUGAUGGCGAAUCAGAUAGUGUUCCUGAUGCUGGCCGAUAAGGUGCUGCUACCGCAACAGAGACUGACCUGCUUGUACACGCUCAUGUUCUACAACGUGAUAGCCUACUGCGUGGGCUACAUUAAGGAGCUAAUUCAGAAGGAGGACUGGUCGCCGUAUGUCACCCUGACCGAACGAUCCCAGAUAAAGCAUCUCGCUAUGUCGGCCACUAAGAUCGUGCUCGAGUGGACCAAAGCAGUUACAUUCGUCGUCACGUUAACCUUCAUGCUCCUAGUUUUCGGAUUGGAGCAAGGCCUCGAUAAUUACAAACCCUCGUUGAUCUAUACGGUAAUCACAUGGACCUAUUAUUCGUCGACGGAGAAGGUCUUCGUAGAGAUGUUCCCGACGAUUCUAGGCUUCUUGCAGUUGGAAGCGCUGGAGAACAUCGAGAAUCUGUACGCGCCGGUGAUACUUCGCUGUUUCACAAUCGCCAUGUCGGCGAUCUUCAGUAUCUUCCUGCUGCCGUCAGCCUCUUGGAGGUUCCUGAUAAUCGCCACGUAUCUCAACGUCUAUCUACGGUGGAAGGAACUAAUGCAGAAUUCAGGCGCGGUGUUAAGGCGAGAACGCGAGGUGUUGAAUCAGUACCGGAAGGCGACCCUCGAGGAGAUCGAGAGAUUCGACGAUGUGUGCGCGGUGUGUUUGAGCGGGAUGACCAAGGCCAGAGUAACGCCCUGCCAUCAUCUCUUCCACGCGGAUUGUUUGCGGCAAUGCCUGAAAACGAGCGAUAAAUGUCCCAUGUGCAAGCGCGAGCUGAAAUUUGACUAAACGAUGAGAAGGAAUAUUUUCUUUCGAUCGUUUCUCCAGAGAUUUAUGAGGCUUCGAGAGAAACAUCGUCAAUGAUGAUGAAGAAAAAACGUCUCGUACGUUUAAGAUGACGCUUAUGUAUAAAAGAUUUAGAGACGUCUCUUAUACGUUUGGGUAUAUGAAGAUUUACGACGUCGUUGGUGCCCAAAAGGUUUAUGACAUUCUUUAUGCGGUAUCUAAAAGAGUUGGGAGAAAUUCUUUUGGACACAACUUAUAUUGCCCGGAAAAGGAAGCAAAAGGAAAAAGCUUGCGAUAUUAUAGAAUGCAGAUAAUAUUCGCAACGCUUUCGGAAUGCAUGUUUCUUUAGAGAUAUACAUUACUCUGUGAUAUAGAUCAGCAGCACCGGAUAGCUUAGAAUUAUACCGGACAUACAUUUUAUUAUAUCAUGUCGAUCGAUUCGUGGCUGAACUGACACUUGUAAUUCGUAAUUUUAAUGUAACUGGCGAAUGGAAAUACGCUUACUUUGUAUUACUAUUUUUCGUUAAUAUAACGUUAAUGUAGUGUUGAUUGAGAAAAAAUUGCGAACUGCGUUGUUUAUACAUAUAUUUGUAAAGUAUUCUUUCUGUGUUUCGCAAAGUAUUAUUCUAAUCCUUACUUCUCUCUUUUUAAAAAAAAGUUUUAUUAUAAUAUGAAAAAUUAUUUUGCAAGAUUGUCGAUAGUGGAAUUAGUGGAAUUUAAAAUGUUGCAAAGUUUUGUAUGCGUUAUAUAAUCUUUUAAAACUCAUGAUAAAAUAAGCUUAUAAAUUAUAUGACUUAUGCAAUUAAUAUUAAAUAAUAUUGAGACAAACUUCUCUAAAAUAAAAUUCUAUG